GACUACAUUUAGAUUCAAUUCAACACUUUCUGCAGACUAUCUGUUAACUCUGAACACUAUAUCACCAUAAUAUCUAUCAUGCAGCAUUUUAAGAUGUUGAGACUGCAGCGUUUCGUGAUCACGGCGGCGGCGUUAAUAGUGUCAUCGGUGGCGGCGGACGAGCCGGUAGCCGAACCAUCGCUUUACUCGGCGGCAUACUUACCACCAAAACCUAUGGUCGUAGUCGGCGGCCCGCUACACUACAACAGCCCGUACGAUGGCGCCGUGGCUAGCACGUCAACAAGCGUGUUCCGGACACCCGGCCACCCAGGUCAGGUGUCCGCGGUCCACAAAACCGUCGAGACGCCGUACUCGUCCGCGCACAAGGCGGACGUACGGUACACCAACGACGUGCAACUACCGUAUCAUCACUACCCGGCCGCCGUCCCCUACGGCUUCGGCCCGACCGCAGUCCCGUAUGGCUACGGUCCGACCGCCGUCCCAUACGGUCAUGGACCGGUCGCCGUCCCGUACGAUCAUGGACCGGUCGCCGUGCCGUACGGUCAUGGACCGGUCGCCAUUCCGUACGGCUACGGACAUGCUGCGGCUGUCCCGUACAACCAUGGACCGGUCGCUGCCACUUACGGUCACGGCCCAACCGCCAGUGGAUAUUCAGUCUCACACGCCAGUUUCUCCGGACCGCACGGAACCCACUACUCGUACAGACGGUGAUUCAUAUUUAGUAGGUAAAUCGCACGUGCGGUGAAUGUACCUAUAAUCAUAAUAUGACAAUAAUUGUACCGAUGUUAUUUUUAUAAUUUACGCAAAUUUCUAAUUGUAUUUAAUGUGAUAAGUAUCAAAUUAUAUAAUAGGUACCUAUAUUUAAAAAAUAAUAUUAUGAGAUUUGAAGUUUUAAAACAAACGUCCAGCGAUUUGACGAUGCACUGCAGCUGUCAACUAUAAUAUAUUAUUAUGUAUAAUAUAUCGGAAGUUUAAAAAUAAACUAUUUAUUAUUUGAUAAAAC